CAGCAGUAAGUUCAGCAAGUGGUAAUGGGAGAAGAAACAUGUGAAGAUUGCAGAAGCUGGGAAGAGGAACUGUAUUGGACCCAUUUCCAGUGCACCCAUUUUUCGCAGAUUCUCGAUGCUGGUUUUGGUCAUCAUCUUCCGAUCCCUGAAAAAUUUUCUAAUCAUUUGAAAAAGAAAUUGCCCGAAAAUGUAAUUCUUAAAGGUCCUAGUGGCGGUACUUGGCAAGUUGAACUGACCACAGAUGAUGACACCAUGUUCUUCAAAAAUGGCUGGGAAGAAUUUGUAAAGGACCAUUUUCUGGAGGAAAAAGAUUUAUUGAUCUUCAAGUACAACCGGGAGUCAUGUUUUGAAGUUCUAAUUUUUGAUGGACAAAGCUUGUGUGAGAAGGCAGCUUCAUAUUUUGUCAGAAAAUGUGGGCACCGAGAAUGUGACAGUUUUGUCCAUGCAAAGAGGAAAACUGUAGAAGAUUCUGCUGAAGUUACUAUUGCCUGCCCCCAGGAUAGUCUUGGAGGCACUGCAGAGAAAUCUGCAAAUGAUUAUAUUUACAAAACACCUGUAGAAAACACUGUUAUCUCAGAAGCUAUUAAUAAAAAGACUCGGAGGGAAAUCAAGUUUAGUAAGCCGACCCAAACUAGGCAGAGUGUGAGAUAUGAAGAACCUUCUUCUACUGAUGAGGAAACAGAAACUAAACCUGAUGUUGAGCAUAUACCUAUCAACGCGCCAUAUGUAUCUAGUAGAAGGAUGGUAACAGAGGAAGACAAACUCAAUGCAUUGCGGUUAGCACAAACAGCACAAUCCAACGAGGGCUUCGUUGUGGUUAUGAAACCAACACAUGUAGACAGGAAAUUUUACAUGGUAAUCCCUUCAGGAUGGGCGAAUAGACAUUUCAGAACUCUGGAAAAGAAAGACGUGAUUCUUCGCAUGAAAGAAAAUACGUGGAACACCAAAUUUUUAUAUUGUAAAUCUCAGAACAGCGGAGGGCUUUCUUCUGGGUGGAGGAAUUUUGCUUUGGAUAACAAAUUACAGGAGUUUGAUGUGUGCCUUUUUGAACCUAGCAGCGCAGUGAACAAUUCUAUUGUCUUCGAUGUUAAUAUCUUUCGUGUUCUCUAGCGACCUUGAAGGUCAUUUGUGAAUCACCAAGGGAUGAAGCUAGGCACACCGCACACUGAUCAUCUGGGAUGAAAACUACCCAAAUCUUUUUAUGAUUUGAGUUGUUGACUACUGUGGAGAUUUAGCUAAACUUCCGUGUUGUAAGCUAUAACAAUUGCUGACUUGUCUCCGAGUUGGCGUAAGGCUAUUACAACUCAUCGCUGUCUGCCAUGCCUACUCGGUUCUUUCUAUGAUCUAUGACCAUUGUACAUAGAUCGAUCGCUUUUGUUCUGUUGAAUCCAUGUAGGACCUUUGAUGACCAAUAUGUUCAGCGUAUGAUGGGGGGGAAGGUAACUUUGCCUUCUGGUUAGAUUCCCGUUUAGGUGUUAUCCAGUAAUUAAGGGAGGAAAAGGAACAUCUGGUUAGCUUUGCCACGCUCUUCUUUCAUUCUAAUGCACAAUUGACACGUAUUUUUGCCCAGGUAUCAGUUGAGCUCAGUCACGAUAGCUUGAUAAGAAAGAAUGAUGGGUUGCAUGGGCCCUUGUCCAUGUUCACUACGGUGUAUUGCAAGUUUAUAUACCGAGUUUAGGGGAAAGGGGUCAAGGGCUACUUAUUUAAACAAAAAAUGGUGCCGAGUGACGAGCUCUUUCAUGGGCUUGUGUGGUCUCUAGUUCGCAUUUGCUUUGCCUCUUUAGGGCUCUAGUUCCACUUUCUCCUCGUGGCACCUAACCAUAGUAUUUCUCACCUUAUCCAAAUUCAUCCCUUAACAAAAACGCUCCUUCUUGCCUCUCUCUUCUUGCUUGCAAGCUUCUCCAAUCCAAGAUAUAGGCAAUCCCAUUAACCCCCUCCUUCAAUUUCAACAUUUUAUCUGGCAAUUCUGAUUCAAUGCAGUUAGCUUAUUAAAUUCCAAAGCUAUAUAACUUCCAACUUGUGCUCAUUUCAGACAUGGCAACAGCAGCAGCUGCCUUUGCUCCUGCAACGAUAACCGGUGCAGUCAUGAACUUUGACAGCAAGAUUCCCAAGAGAACGAACAAGGUGGUUGACAUUGUAGGAAUGAAUCCCUAUGGAGGUCUAAAAGCCAGCAACAGUGUCCUUGCUCUGAGCAUGCCGGUCUCCACCUAGCGGUGCUUUGCAAAAGUGGUUGGCUCGUUGAGAGCAGCAUCAAAUACGCACGGAAGAGGUGGAGGUGCACUCUCCUCUAAAUGCAGUGAUGCGGGUGAGAUAUUCAGGAUUGAUGCAAUCAUGAACGGCCUUGUUUUGGUUGGGGUUGCUGUUGGAUUUGUACUCCUCCGAACUGAAGCGUGGGUUGAGGAAAAUGAGUGGGUGUAUUGUUUAAGAUGUGUAUCAAACCACUCCUUUACCCGAGAUUAAAAAAAAAAAAAGUGCAACUUGUCAGGUUAGGAACAAGUAACAAGCUUACAGAAGACAAUCAAUUACCCAAUAAUGCAAGUUUUGUUAUCA